UAUAAAGAACAUUUCAACUGCUCUCCCAUUCUUCUGUGAUCAACAAGUGAUUGAAUACAUGAUAUUUUCUGUGAAUACAAGACCGGUAUUCUCCGUGGUUUGCUGUAUUCAAUGCAAAAAUGACAGAUGAAUCAGCAUGUGGCUCCUGUUUUGUGUGCCAGCGGAUUCUAGGAGAAAGUCGCAGUGUGAAAGGAAGUGCUCGUCUCAGACACUCAAACAAAUUAGUGAAUGAAGCCAUCUCUGAUAUUGUGAACGAAACAGUUUCAGCUCCCAAAUUGUGCUUUAGAUGUUAUAGAUUAGUCUUAGGUAUUGAUUAUCAUCAACAUGAAUUUCAUAGAUUAAUGCAGUCUUUCAUUAAAAUAUUUAAUGAAAAGAAUAAGGCUGUGGGAAGUGUUAAUGCAAAGAAGUCCAUGAUAGUAGGUAACAAAUCACCUUUGUUGUGUUCUGAAAUAAUACAGGCUGGAGCAAAAUCAGAAGAUUCAUGUAAAGAUGUUAGCAUUGUUUUGAGCAAUGAUAAUGACGAAGUUAAGAUCAUAGAUCCUGUCUUGGAGUCAGUUCAAUUAGAAUUUUUAGAGUAUGACUCAAGAGAAGUAGUACCCUACAUUCAUUCAGCUAUAGGAAAUCAUGAUGAAACUAUGAGAGAAGAGAGUGAAAGAGAGUAUGGAGAAGGAAAAUAUAAUACCCCGAGCUUUAGUAGCAGUGAAAGAGAUUUCAAGAGAAGUCAGUUGGAUGAAGUGGAUUUGGCUGGGAUAUUAACACAGUCAAGAAGAAGAUUGAAAGUGCCCAAAAAAUAUGAAGAUUAUGAGUAUUACCCAGAAAAUUACAGCCAACAAAAGAAUGAACCAGAAGUGAAGGAACAGCAAGAGGAAUCAUGUGAUGGUAGUCCUCCCUUCAAGUGUAGUCUUUGCCAGAAUUUCUUCAGCACUAAGAAAUCUUAUAGCUGCCAUGAAUGCUUCAAAAAAGAGAAAGAAGAUAUUACAUACAGAUGCAAAGGUUGCCAAGAGAUAUUUUCAGUCAGGCGGGAUUACAUCAAACAUAUUGACUUGUGCUACAAAAAUGUUCCCGUCGAGUGUCAUCUAUGUUUGAGCAAACUACAAAGUGCAGCUUAUCUUCCAAGACACAUCGAGUCAUUUCAUAAAGGAUCUCCUGUCAAUAAGAAGGUUUGUCGGAAUACUCUUUGUGAGCACUGUGGGAGGGGUUUCAGCAGAAAGGAGGCAUUGGAACGGCACCAAGCACAAGCCCAUGGCCUGGCUCAUGGGACUCACCAAUGCCCUCAGUGUGGUCGUACUUUCCUCCACACAUCCCUUCUAGCAGAGCACAUGAGAGCACAUAAAGGAUACACCUGUGCUAUCUGUAGUAAGAUCUUCAGUUGUAUGUCAAACCUCAAAUUACACAAGAAGGCACACCAUCAGAAAGUUACCUCAUAUAAGUGUUCAGGUUGUAAUAAAUCCUGGAAGUUUCAUGCAAGUUACACAUAUCAUAUGCGUAAGGUUCACGGGUCAAUACUUCUAAAGUGCUCAGCGUGCAAAGAGCGCUUUUCAACCCAAGCUGAACUGGAGCAUCAUAAAGAAACGUGCAAGUGUAGGCCUAGUCAAGGAAGCACAAAGGAAGAUUCUGGCAGUGAAGAAAAAAAUGUUAGGAAGGAGACUGAAUCAGGUUCAGCACACCGUUCAUCAAAGCUUUCACCUAAUGAAACUCUUGGAAAGAGGGUUCAAGGAGCCAAAUCUGUAGACUCAGACACUGGUUCUUCCUCAGUCUGCACUAAACAGAAAGUAAGCCAUGGAACAGCAAAAAAAUAUGAUGCAGGAGGAGUCAAAAAUAGGCACAGCUAUUCACAAUCUCAAAACACUCUGAACCUAAAUGUACAACCUGGGAAAGAGACACAUGCUGUGAUGGAAACGAGAAAUCUCACUGUUGCAGUAAAUGAUGUUCCUAAUAAACCUAAAGAUGAAUUAUUGCUAGUGCCACAAUUGCCGCAGGGAGAACAGGUUAUAUACGAAGUUGGGGAACAAGAAUCUAUUGAGCCACCAUCAGAUAAUAUUAUUGUGGAAACACUUGAUGAUCUAACAAAUGAUUGCCAUUAUGUCAUUCUUGUAGAUGAAAUGGAUUAAGGUGCUGCAUAUUUUAAGUGAUAUUCUGCCUUUAUAAUGUCUUCCAUAAAGACAUUUAUCCUGAAUGAAACACACUAUGCAUACAUCUUUUUACCAUCUUUCUACUGAAAUGUAACAUUGAUAUAUAAAUACAUUUAUGUAAUAUAGUGCCCUUCAGAGUUAAAGAAUCAGUUGUCCUUGAUAUUACUUUCCAUUUUGUAUUAGGAUUGUUAUGUUGCUUUUGUUGCAGUUUUUACAUGAUUGGUAAUCUUCUCAUUAAAUCUUUUUAGCAGUAUGUGUCACAAAUAACUUUGGUAAGGUAGUUUUUGUUCAUGAGUUCUUCAAGAAUUACAAUCAGAAUCAGACAAAUGGAAUUUUCUAUUAACAGUUACAGAUUUACAUUUUUUGAUACUGGCCUCUAAAUAUUUUUGUUGCAUAUAUAUUUUAAGCUAUGUUUAUCAUGCUCACAUUAUAAAUUUAUUAGUUUUUUUUAAAUGAUAUUUCAUCUGUUAAGAACAAAAUAUAGUACUUACCAUAUCUAGAUAUACAUAUGCUCAGGUCAUUUUGCUUGCUUUGAAUUCAAUUUUCAGUGUUUUGCAAAUAUACAUAUUCCAUAAGAAAUUGUUUGAAGAAGUUGACCAGCGCUGUUUCUUAUAAGAGUAUUUUUUCUUUCUUUUCCUUUUGUAAGCACCUAGGGUUCAACUUUGCUUUUGAGUAAGCAAAGUUCAUGUUAUUAUUCAAGAUGCCCCUAUCAUCACUUUCAGGCAAUAAAAAAAAAUUAUUACAGUUGGCAAGCCACAGUUUCCCAGGGAGGUGAAAAUUGGUAUUUUGCAUGUGAUUAUUUUGGGACAAUAAGUGCCAUAAUCAAAUUGGUCAUUAGUAAUGUAUCAUUCUGUGAAAUAUGUGUUCAGAUAUUUGAAAAUCAUGACAUUUUAGGUGCAUUACUGUUAAAUGCUGCUAUUUAUAUUCUAGGAGAGUUUGUUUUAAUUGCAGGCUCAGAUAUUCUUUGAUAAUGUUUAUAUAUAUUAUGUAUUUAGUUUUUCAGAAUUUUGGUAUAUAUAAUAGUUCUUGUUUGUUAACACUAGAUAAGAUUUAAUGCUUUAAAUAUAUGUAAGCAUUUUUUUCUGGCAAAAAUUGGCAGCAUCCACGACAAAUCUUUGGGGAUUUAGUCCUUUGAUCUGCAUUUGGUUACCUUAACUAAAUUAGCAAGUUGCAACAUACUCAGAAUAAUUGCUUUUAGUUUGAACUGAAAGUGUCACUAAAGGAUAGAGAAAUAGUGAGUGAUUCUAUCAGGUUUUGAUACAGCUGCAUUUUGAGGUUAUUUGAAAAUUAAUACUUGUAUUUUUUUAAACAAGUUAGUUUCAGUAAAGCAGCUAGCUAAGGAGUGUGUAAUCUGUUAAGUAGAUAUUAUAUAACUUUAAGUGCUCCAUUCAUUUCUUGUUUGCUUUAUGAGCAACAUCAAACGAUUAUGAGUAUGUAUACUCACAAGGUUCCUUCACUUAAGCUAACAGGGUUGUAAUCUGUGCCAAAAAAGUAGCUUAAUUUGUUUUAUAGAUGUAUUUGUUAAGUAAAGUGUGUUCAGUCUGGAUAUAUAGGCGGCGAUGCCAUGUUUCAUUAGUGCCACAGACAAACAUGUUUUGCACCUCAUGCCAUCACUUGAUGUCUAACCUGAUAACAUUUCAUGAUAACAAAACAUUAAUCCAGUGCCACUGGAAAAAGGUAGUAUUCACUGCAGUAUUGUUUUGUGAAGUGUCUCUGCAUGUAGCUGGCUUCACAACUGCUUAGUAGUCUGGUAGUCAACCUUGUGACCUCACUUGAUUUCACUCUUCAUCAUUAUUGAUGCUGUUAUUAUUAUUAUUAUUAUUAUUAUUAUUAUUAUUAUUAUUAUUAUUAUUAUUAUUAUUACACAAGAUUACAUUAAAUUAAAGUUACAUUGUAAUUAAUAUAAUGUUAUUGAUAUAAGAUAAAAGAACACAUUUCCAAAAAUGAAGGAAGAGGGUAAACAGGUGAGAUAAUACUAGUAUUUGGCUUAUUGGCAAGCCAUCUAUGUGAACAGACAAUUAAUAAACUAAACACACAGUGGUCAUGAUAUGUUUAUAGGACUUCAGAUUAAGGCCUUUAAUUCUGCAGUUAUUUUGCAUUACAAGUAUUCAUUUAUGUGAUUGUGAAUGAGCCUGAGACAAAAGAUUGUUAUGGUUAGCAUACAUUAUCAAUAGUAGAACCAAGGUAUUUUUUUUUUUAAUAGAAAGAAUUUGUAAUAGUAUAGGCUUCAUUCACUCCCUGAUUCACCAUCAUCAUCAUCGUUGGAGAGCUAAUGAUGGCGGGGGCGUGUAGCUGUAUCCACCUUUCAUUUCCACCUAUGAGGGUCUCUCAUGGCAAGUUGCCAGGCAGGGGCCUGGCCCAUCUGUAACUCAUCACAACAGGUUUGAUUGAUCUGCUCAAGCCAUGACUUCCUAGGUCAUCCCACAGGCCUCCUCACCCAGGGUUGUCUCGAACAGAGACAACCUGGUGGACAGGAUCAUCCCUUGGGAAAUGAGCCAGGUGGCCAUAUAACCUGAGUUGGCGAUUGCAGAUUGUGCAAGUAACAGGUCCUGUACCAGUCUCUUGGUGCAACAGUUGGUUGAACACAUGGUCCCGCCAACUGUACCCAAUGAUACAGUGCCAAAACCUGUUACAAAAGACAUCAAGACAAGAUUCCAAAACACAAGAUAGCAUGCAGGUUUCACUGCGUAUAGUAAAACUGGCAGUCUCAGGGCCUUGAAGACAUAUAGCUUGGUCCUUCUGCAGAGGUACUGGCAUCUCCAAAUACUUUUGUUGAGAGAUUUCAUGACCCCCACUGCCAGCCAAUCCAUCUACUGACUUACUGGCCUGACAGCCCAGAGUCAUGAACUGCACAUACCGAGGUAUAUAAAGCUCUCUGUGACCUCGAUGUUCUCACUGCAAGCCCAUACAGACUAAACAGGAUCUCCUAACAGCCCUCAAAGUCUGAGAUCUUGGUCUUGGUCCAGGAGACCUCUAGCCCCAGGGGGUUUGCUUCAUUGCUAAACACAUCAAGAGCUGCCACUAGGGUUUCCAAAGACUCAGAAAGAAUAGCAACAUCAUUAGCGAAGUGUGUAACCUUGAUAUUGCCCAAAGUUGCUUCACACUGACUUUGGACAGUAGCUCUACCCAAUAUCCAGUCCAUGCAAGUGUUGAAAAGUGUUGGUGCAAGAACACAGCCUUGCCUCACUCCUGAACUAACCGGAAAGAAGCUCGACAGGCCAUCACCACACUUUACAGCACUUUUAGUACCAGUGUACAGGCUUGCCACUAAUCCAAUAAUCCUUGUUGGAAUUUCUUUCAGGCUCAGGAUCUCCCAGAGUGAUUCGUGAUGCACUUUAUCAAAUGCUUUCUUGAGGUUGAUGUAAGCUGCAAGCAGCCUAUGCCUGAACUCAUGUCAGUGCUCUACAAUGACUCAAAGCACCAGGAUACAGUCUAUUGCGGAUUUACCGGGAGUGAUUCCAGAUUGCUCCAGCCUCUGGUGCCUCAGCAGGUGGUUUCUGAUACGUCUCAGAAGGAUGUGAGUGAGAACCUUGCCGGUAAUACCUUGGUGAUUGGUACAGUCCCACCAAUCCCCUUUCCCCUUCCAGAGAGGGAUGACCACACCCAUCAGCAGGUCAGGGGGAAUGGUACCAGUCUUCCAGAUGGCAAACAGAACAGCAUGCAAGUCCCUUUGCCAUAGGUUCUCCACCAGCCUUUAACAGUUCUGCUGGGAUGCCACAGAUACCCGCUCUUUACCACUCUUCAGUUUGGAGAUCACCCCCCCCCCCCCCCUGACUUCGGUCUGGGAGGGUGUAUCCUCACUGAUGGGUGGGUCUGGCAAAGAAAUCUCGACACUACCUGCAUCAAAAUUAAUUGUUGGUGGAUCAACCUGGUACAACUGCUCAAAAUACUCAGCCCAUCGCACCUGCACCCCAACAGAAUCUGAGAUUAUCUGGCCACUUGCUGAGUGAGGAGGGCUUGGAGUUCAGCUUUCUCAGGGCUUGGUAGGUAGGACGAAGGUCAAUGGCUUUCAAACUCCUCUUCAAGAUACCUGAUAAACUGUUCCUUGUCCCUUCUCAGUAGUGACCUAGUCCUGUGCACCAGGGAACAAUGCAAGUCGUGAUCCCCUAAUGAUUACACUAUGGGAAGGAGUAUGGUUACAUAUCCAGAUUGAAUGCACUAUAGAACUUACUGUUACAAGGUAGAAAUUCCCAGUUUUCGAAAGAUUAUGUAUUUUUUCUGGUACAGAGGUGCAAAAUAUUGUUCAGCAGUUGAACAUUCAGAUACUUUUGGCAUAGUGUCUCUUUUGUGAGAAUGGUUGCUGUGACUGAUUUAUAUGAGACGAAAGAUAUAUUAUUACUUUUUGCUACAAUGUGUUGAUAUUAAAUAAAAGAGAAAAUAUCA